AUGUUGCUCCUCACCAGUAUCCUGUUGACUCUGCUUUUGAUUAUAAUCGUUGCUUAUUUGUGGCAUAUUCGCAAAGCAUACGACUUUUUCAUCAAACUUAAUAUCCCUGGCCCGCCACCCACACUCUUCUUCGGCAACUUUCUCGAUAUCAUCAGAAGCAAACGAUUAUCGUUGAGUAUCCAUGAGUGGACAAAAAAGUAUGGUCGUAUAUAUGGUUAUUAUGAAGGACAUACACCGAUUCUUGUGGUUUCUGAUCCGGAUGUUUUGCAAGAUGUAUUCAUAAAAUCAUUUUCAAAUUUUCAUUCUCGCCGACUGUUUCCACUAGCAGACCCAACUGACAAAAGCGUAAACAUGAUUACUGCAAUGGGCUUACGUUGGAAACGUCAAAGAUUUAUAAUCAAUCCGACAUUUUCAUCAUCGAAACUGAAGCAAAUGACACCAUUAGUUCAUCGAAGUGUUCAUGUACUCACUCAAAAACUGUCCGAAGAAUGCAGGAAAGGCCAACCAUUCGAUAUAUCUACUUAUUUCAAACGUUUCACAAUGGAUACAAUUUGGUCGUGUGGCUUUGGAAUCGAUACAGAUAUGCAAAAUAAUACCGCAAAUCCUUAUUUAGUUUAUUCUCAACAGGUAUUUGGGGACAGAAUGCAGCUUCGUUUGUUUGCAGUAUUGACCAUAUUCAUCACUGAAUUGCGAGCUCUUUGGAGAACAUUACACAUGUCAAUAAGUCAUUCAAAACACUGGCUUCGUUACCACAUUCCACUGACACAGUACUUUAUUGAAGAAAAUCCAGCAACGUGGAUAAUAAGUCAGGCACGACGAAUGAUAAAAAAACAGCAAGAAAUCGGCCGAACGAGCCGCGUCGAUCUAUUGCAAUUAAUGCUGGAAUCUGCUUCUAACGAAGAAUGUAUUCGAGAUGGUUUAGCAAGCAAUGCUACCAACGAACAGCCAGAGAUUGAGCCUCCACUAGUCCGAAAAUUGACAACCCAUGAAAUUGCUUCCAACAUCUUCCUCUUCAUGAUUGCUGGCUAUGAAACUACCAGCACUGCACUCAGCUAUGUCUCCUAUGUUCUUGCUACUCAUCCACAUGAGCAACUCACCCUACAACACCACAUCGACACCUACUUCAAUCCAGAACACGAAGAUGAAAUGCCUUCGUACGACAUACUGUCACAAAUGAACUAUCUCGACAUGUUCAUUCGUGAGACCCUUCGAAUGUAUCCUAUCGCACCGAUAGUCAUCAAUCGUCAAAGUACAGAAGCCUUUGACCUCAAAGGAGUGGGUGUUGUUCCGGUAGGCACUCGUAUAGCCGUAGACAUCUACAAUCUCCAUUUCGAUGCUGAGUUGUGGGGACCAGUGGAUCCACACACAUUUUAUCCAGAGCGAUUUGAGACGAAGCGUCAUUCGAUGGCGUGGAUACCAUUUGGAGCAGGCCCACGAAACUGCGUCGGAAUGCGUUUUGCACUGAUGGAAAUGAAGAUGGUGCUUGUUCGUCUGCUAAAAACAUAUUCAGUGAUCGAUUGCGGUGAAAAAACACAUGGUUCAUUCGAGAACUUGAAAGAAAAUUUCGUCAUAGCUCCAAGAGACACUAUUGUUCGAUUACAGCGCAGAGAUGAAGUUCAUUUAUAA